CUAGGGCUUUUUUUUUUAUGUUACGUGUUGUGAUGAAUGCGUGUACGAAAUCUUGAUAUUACGAAUGCAUUUGAACCACAGAUCACCAAAAGAAACUUGAAGUAUAGAAUUUGGAUUCGAAUUUUGCAUAUUCAUACGAACCUUGAUCUCAUCAUACUACAACAUCAAAUCUGAGAAGUUUGAGAUCUCUCCGGCAACCAUGGGAGCGGCGGCGAGCUCGUCUACCUCGAGAUCGAGCUCGCUGACUGUGGGGGAAAAAGUAUGUGCGGCGUUGAUACCGUGUGCGGUGGUACUUGAGAUUCUGAUCUACGGCUUUGCGUCUUGUUUCGAUGAUCGACGAAGCUCUCCGGUUAAGCCUGGUCACACUUUUGACGACGUCACUCGUCUCGCUCGUAACUCUCCAUUUUCGGUUAAUGAAGUGGAAGCAUUGCGCGAAUUGUUCAAUCGGUUGAGCAAUUCGAUCAUAACCGAUGGGCUCAUACACAAGGAGGAGCUCCAAUUAGCUUUACUCAAUUCAGCUGGUGGAGAGAAUCUUUUCUUGAACAGGGUUUUUGAUCUAUUUGAUGAGAAGCAAAAUGGUGUUAUUGAAUUUGAGGAGUUUGUCCAUGUCUUAAGCAUCUUCCAUCCUCAUGCCCCAAUGGAACAAAAAAUUGAUUUUGCCUUCAGAUUAUAUGAUUUAAGACGAACAGGGUUCAUAGAAAGAGAAGAAGUUAAAGAAAUGAUUGUUGCCACUUUAAAGGAAACCGGAAUGGUUCUUUCAGAAGAAAUUCUUGAAGAGAUAAUCGAUAAUACUUUUGCUGAUGCGGAUGCUGACAUGGAUGGAAGAAUCAACAAAGAUGAGUGGAGAAACUUUGUUAUUCGACGACCACAACUCUUGAAGAACAUGACUCUUCCAUCUUUAAGGGAUGUGACAACAGCGUUUCCAAGUUUUAUAUUCAACACAGGAGUAGAUGAUUGACAACAAAAUGUAAUCAUUUUUUUUGGAUAGUUUUAAUACUCAUUUUUAUGGAGUUUGUGUUUUUGUAUCUAAAAUUGAACUCAAGUUUUAUUUGUUGUUUUAAUAUGAAAACUAGCACACCAUCAUUCUUCUUUC